CAUUUUCGGAGCCCAUAAAUAUUCUUCACACACCAGACAUCUCAACCCUUCUUUCUUUCUCUCUCUAGAACCGCUCUCUUUCUGAAACAACAGAUGUUAGAAAUACACUUGGUCCAAUCUGUUUGGUAACUGAAUUUCCAUUUGCUAAUCCAAUUAACAAAAUUGAAAGAACAAAGAAAAAAGGUAGUGGGGAGGCAUAGUCCGCACUCUGUUCUUAUUCUUCUUAUUGUGCCUCCCCUCAGAUCUUAGUUUUCUGCAAGAUUUGGCAUCUGCGUUUUGCUUCAACCGGUUCGUUAUGGGGCAAUUUCGAUCCAAAGUUCGGAUCUUUUUAUAAAUUUUCUGGGGGGUUUGGAUCUUGCUGAGUUUUCUGAUUGAAAUUGUACGCGGGUUUGUCUUUUUCAGGUUUGCUUUAGUUGUGGGUCAGUUAUUUGAUCGAUGAACGAUCCGAUGAUUUUGAAUUGAAUCGGAGAUAUUGAUUUUUGUGUUGGCGACAGAGUUGGUCGGCUUGUAGUAAACAUAACAAUAAGAACAAUGCAAUCUGAUAGUGGUAAGUUAUUUAUCGGUGGAAUAUCUUGGGACACAAAUGAAGAGCGUCUCAAGGAGUAUUUUAGUUCAUAUGGGGAGGUGGUAGAAGCUGUUAUUAUGAAGGAUCGGACAACAGGUCGUGCUCGAGGUUUUGGCUUUGUUGUUUUUGUGGACUCGGCUGUUGCAGACAGGGUCAUAAAGGAGAAGCAUAACAUUGAUGGAAGGAUGGUUGAGGCAAAAAAGGCCGUUCCUAGGGAUGACCAAAACAUUUUGAGUAGAAACAGUGGUAGUAUACAUGGCUCUCCUGGUCCUGGCCGAACUAGAAAGAUAUUUGUUGGAGGUUUGGCAUCCACAGUCACUGAGAGUGACUUCAAGAAGUACUUUGAUCAGUUUGGGACAAUCACAGAUGUUGUGGUGAUGUAUGAUCACAACACCCAGAGGCCUAGAGGCUUUGGAUUCAUUACUUAUGAUUCAGAGGAAGCAGUGGACAAGGUUUUGGUCAGGAACUUUCAUGAACUAAACGGUAAAAUGGUCGAGGUCAAGCGUGCAGUUCCCAAAGAGUUAUCCCCAGGUCCCAGUCGCAGUCCACUUGGUGGAUACAACCAUGGUCUGAAUAGGGUCAAUAGCUUCCUUACUGGCUAUAAUCAAGGAUAUACUCCAAGUACUGUUGGAGGCUAUGGACUUCGAAUGGAUGGUAGAUUAAGUCCAGUUGCUGGUGGCAGAAGUGGCUUUCCUCCAUUUGGUUCUGGUUAUGGAAUGGGUAUAAAUUUUGAGCCGGGGUUGAGCCCAGGAUUUGGGGGGAGUGCAAAUUUUAAUAGUAAUCUGAGCUACGGACGGGGAUUAAACCCUUAUUUUGUUGGUAACUCGAAUAGGUUUAGUAGUCCAAUUGGGUAUGACGGUCGUAAUGGGGGAAACUCCUCCUUUUUCAGCUCAGUUACUCGAAAUCUUUGGGGGAGUGGAGGGCUUAAUUAUGGUACCAACUCUGCAAGUUCCAGUGCAUACCAGGGAUCAGGACGUGGGAGCAUUGCAGAAGGUACAUUUUCUAAUGCCGGAGUUAAUUGGGGAUCUUCAGGAAUUUCUACUCAAGGUGGAAAUAAUGUUUCUAAUAAUAGUGGGAACAUUGGUUAUGGAGGUGGUGAUAACAGUUAUGGUUUGGGAACAGGAGGUUACGGAAGAAACAGUGGUACCAAUGUGGCCCAAACAUCAUCUUAUACUCCAUCAAAUGGUGGUUUUGAUGGGGCCUUUGCUGACUUCUAUAGUGGUGGUUCAGGAUAUGGGGACGCUACUUGGCGAUCAUCAAAUGCUGAACGAGAUGGAUCUGGUCCCUUUGGCUAUGGGCUCAGUAGUGCUGCUUCUGAUGUCUCUGCUAAAACUCCUCCUGGUUAUGUUGGUGGUUAUAGUGUUAAUAAGAGAGAGUCAAAUAGAGGAAUUGCUGCAUAGGAGGAUCAUUUGGGUUUCACAAUGUUGUAGGUGAAGAUAAUCUGGUGAAGCAGGUGAAUUGUGAAUUUCACACAACCCAUGGUUUAUAUAUUUCAGUUAAAAAUUUAAGGAGAUUUGGUUAUGUAGGGCUAACUAAGUGCCUGAGUUGAAGAAUCGAAUUUAGAUAUAGAAGUUACAGGGAUUUUGUGUUAAGGCUUGGGUUUUUGAGUUACCAUUUUUAGGUUUGGUACUUGAGUGAGAUGUAAAAUCAGGUUGCGGGAUGUAGUCGGGAAGUGUAUUAUGCAUCUCUGGUGAGGCGGCAAUACAUAAACAGAUAGAUUUUGAUAGUUUUUGUUUCCAUAUUUUGAUAUGUAAUUUCUCUGGCAAAGUUGUGGGUUCUGGUCAGGGAUGCAUUAUUUUCUCUUUGCUCCCAUCAAUUUGGUUUGUUUUUAUUUUUUAUUUUUGGCAGUUUGUACUGAGGUUCUUGUUCGAUUACUAGUGUGAAACAUUUCGGGGAUACCUAUUUUGGGAUCCCAUGAAUAAGUUACUCAAGAUGCUGAUUCUUUUUUUC